AUGUGGAGGGUGAAGAUUGGGGAGGGUGCAAACAACCCUUACCUCUUUAGCACAAACAACUUCGUGGGGAGGCAAAUAUGGGAGUUCGACCCUAAUGCCGCAACACUUUGGUGCUAUCUUCGGGUAACUUAUUUUUCAAUUUCAUAUUUGUACGGGAAGAGGUUUGUUGGGCCGAUAACACCUCUCAUUUUAGAGUUGAGAGAAGAGCUGUAUGUUGAACCUUACCAUACUAUUAAUUGGAGGAUAGCACGCCACUUAUGUGCGAAGGAGGAUCUGUAUUAUCCUCAUCAUUGGAUACAAGAUUUGGUUUGGGAUGGUGUUUACAUGCUCACGGAGCCUCUUCUAACUCGUUGGCCUUUUAACAAGCUAAGAAAUAAGGCUCUUCAACUAGUGAUGAAACACAUUCAUUAUGAAGAUGAGAGUAGUUGCUACAUUGUCAUUGGAGGGGUGGACAAGCCAUUUUUUACGCUAGCUACUUGA